CCCCGUACGAGCGUUUGAUUCUAACUCAAAUAAGGCUCACAUAUGAUAGGAUGACCUCGCUGGGGUGGCCAUCACGCAUAUCUACAAGCCAAGCAUUCCGUCCCACCAAUAUCCCUUGCCGAAUACUCGAUUAUCAUUUAGAAAGCUCCACCGACCCGGACACCAAGGUAGUCAAAAAGCAAUUAGGGGCGACUAGAACACAUCUUCGUUCCAGUGAUCCAGUAUCUGACGGCCAUUCCAUAAUGGAAAAUGGCCAUUGCUCCUGCCAACAAGGAUUGUCCAGGCCACCACCAGGGCAUGAUGGGGCCUCUGUGAGGCUGAGAAAGAGAGUAAAUUCAGAUCAAAAGGGUACUAAAGAAUCUCUCCGCCACAAACAGAAUGACACAAACCAGACGAAAAGAGACAACGAAGAUAUGUUAAAUAGAAAAGACUCUCUGCUCAAACAACUCGAUAAAAUGCAUCAACGGACGAGAACCAAGUCAGGUUUCAGUUUAGAUUCUCGUAUCACUAUACCCUCCAAACGAAGUGCUGUCAACAUCAAGGAACCGGAUGAGAUUUCUUCUCCCAUCAGUUCUUUCUCUUCCCAAAAGAAUGACAGACCAGCCGUCUAUGGUGUAGAUGACUACUCUGAUCACGAGAUGGAAGAAGCAAUGGCAUCGUUACCCAUUCCGACACUUACAGGCCGCGCCUCUCAUACGGCAUCUCGUGUGCUCAAGCGUGAUAUACCGGAAUACUCUGACAAUGAACGGCCUCGAAAGAAGCUCAAAAUUUCACUUGAUGAAAAACGGGAUGCCGAGAGGCCUCCCAUCAAGCGCAUCAAUUCGGAAAUCAUCGAGAUUGAUCCCACAGAUUCCUCCGCAAGUUCUACUCAGGUGAAUCGUGAUGAGAUCCAGCGUACUAACGAUUUCAAUUCGAGACGCGAUACCUCUCAACAUCAUGAUUUUAAUUUGGCCCCAUCACCUCUCUCAGUACCUGGUUCGACACCUGAUAAGAAUGAUCGCAACAGGAUCCCUUCACGCCCUUGGAAGGCAAACCUUGGCGAAAGUCCGAAUAAAGGCCAGGCGGAACCAGUGAACUAUGAUGACUUCGAACUUGACCUAAACUUGUUCGAAGGUGGAGAAGAUGCAAUCGGUCAAAGCAAUCCUGAAGGAAAAUACUCCAAAAAAGGAGAUUAUCAGAUCGACUCGGGAAGGAACACAGAAUUAGAGUCAAAAACGAUCGUCUCCGCACUACCCAUCAUUGGAAGGCAGACAACAGAAGACAUCUCGCCAGCUAAAGUCAACUCUGAUGACCAACAGAUUCGGCUUUUUGGAGAUAUGAGUUUUGAUGAAUUUUUUAGUGGGAUUGAAAUUGUGUAA